CAAACAUUUCGGAGCGUAUCAACUUAAAAUGGACUGGGAGUUAAAUAAAAUGGCAAAUCGACUGUAGCAACUGUAGCAAAAGUCAGGUUGUCAUUAUUUCAAACUACUCUAUACAUACCCCCUGAUACUUUAUAAAAUUAUGCCUAUUUAUAUGCAAUCUUUUUAUUAACAAGGAGGUUUUAAGUUAGGACUAAAGGUCAUCAAGCGAGAACCUGUAGCAAGUGUAGCAAAAAAACAAAAAUCUGCUCUGCUAAAUCAAAAAAUCUGCGUUGAUUAAUUUUUUUAAUGAGUGCAAUGGAGCUCUAUCAAACGUUAAAAGCAAACAACCAUUCUUUAAUUGAUCAGAUUAAGUUAAGUAACACUGCCAAAUUAAACAAGCGCUCCCAGAAAAACUCUGAUGGAAUCUAUAUUUUGUAUAAAUUGUCUGGUGGAGCCGAUGGUUUUUUGGAUGUUGCAGCAAGUAAUAGUUUGGCUAGAUUGUAUGCUGAUAAACUUAUAAACGAAGAAACAUGUUCAAUGGUGCCUGUCAGGUAAAAUCUUUGGUAUAGUUUUUUUGGUGUCCAGCUGACUAACGCAAUGGAUGAAUAGAACUCCUCAAGAUGGCAAUUGUUUAUUUUCUGCUGUCUCCAUUGCUUUAAUCGGAAACAAUAUGCUAGCAACAACUCUUAGGAAGCUUUGUGCAAUCGAGUUAUACAAGAAUGCAAAUUUUUUUGCUGUGCAUCCUGUUUUUCGUCUGGGGCAUUUAAGUGGUGUUUUUCGAUCAGAAAGAUCCGCUUUCUUGUUAGGAAUAUCCAAUGUUGCAUGUACUGCAUUUGAAGCUAAAAAGUCUAAAGUUGAUGCUAUUUUGGCUGAAGCAUUUAAUAUUUCUCAAUCUGGUGUUUGGUCAUCUUUAGUUUGUGUGAUGUCAAUCUCAAAUGUUUUAAAAAUUCCAUUGAAACUCUUUUAUCCUACUACAGGAGAUGCAUGUUUAGAAUAUUUAUUUAGAAGUACAUUGUACCCACAGACUUUUAAGAAAUUUGAUGAACCCUAUCAAAUAAUUUACUUAUUGCUUUACAAUGUUGAAUCAAAGAAAGAAAUAUCAGACAAUCUUACACAUAUGGGAAAAAUGCAUUAUUUCAAGCCUAAUCAUUUUGUCCCUCUAGUAUCUAUUAUAAGCACUCAGCCAGAGUUUCGAAAUAUUUUAGUUCGUACCCAAACAAGUUUAAAUUCUUCAAAAAAUAUUGUUGUAACUGGUGAAAAACGCCCUUUAAAUAAUUCACUUCUUCAAAUACCUUGUUCUGCUGUUCAAAAAAUUAAUUUAACCAAACCAUCAUUGAGUAUUAAGAAUUUUUUUUCUGUGAACAAUAAACCUUUGCCAGUAUCCAGUUCGUCUUCGGUUUUAAGUAAUAAAUUUGAAAAACCAAUAUCAGGAGUCGUAAUUCCAAAAUUAAAUGUAAAUUGUGAAAAUGCAACAACAGAAGAUGAUUGCAACGAAUUUGAUAUUGGCUUGUUUGUAGACAAAGUAGGGAAAUUAUCAAACCAAGAGAAGCGUAAUAUUCUAUUGAACGUAUGGAUACUACCUUCUGACUAUGUUUUUCCUAAAACUAAUGGUCAUAAAUGUAACCCUGCUUGGUUCAAAAAAUUUUCAUGGCUCUGUUACUCAAAGUACUAUGAUGGGUUAUUCUGUAUAUCUUGUGUUCUGUUUGGAAAGGCUUCUUCAACUAGUCAAUUAUUUCAUGAAUAUCUGUUUCGGUUUUGGUCAGUUGAAAAUGUAAGAAUAAUAUCACAUAAUAACACUUCACCAAUGCAUAAAACCUCCAUACAAAUAAUGCUUGAUUUCCAAGCAGUAAUUAGUAGAAAAACCGUUCCAAUUAAUUUGCAACUCAAUAAAUUUCUAUCUGAUAAUAUUUUUAGAAAUCGGCAAAUUUUGUUUUCAAUAUCACGUGCAAUCCUUUUUUGUUGUAGGCAGAAUAUACCACUUAGAGGACAUCGAGAUGAUGCUAAACAUCUUGCUUUGCAAUGUAAUAAUGCUGGUAAUUUCCAAUGCUUUUUAGAUCUGAUGGCAUUAUGCGGUGACAAGAUCUUGAGUGACCAUUUUAAAAAUGGUCCUAAAAAUGCCACUUAUCGAUCAAAGACAGUGCAGAAUGAGUUGAUUGAUAUUUGUGCAGAUGUUGUUCGAUCGUUAUUGACAAACAGAAUAAAGAAAGCAAAUUUUUUUUCUAUUUUAGCAGAUGAAGCUUCAGAUGUUAGUCAAACUGAACAAAUGGCUGUAGUUGUUCGGUAUGUGGAUGAAUGCUGCAAAGUAAAGGAAGAUUUUUUAAAAUUUGUUUCUUGCAAUAGUGGGUUGACUGGAGUUUUGUUAUCAACUAAGAUCAAGAAAAGUAUACAUAAACUUGGUCUGGAAAUGUCUUAUUGUCGUGGGCAAGGUUACGAUGGGGCUGGUAACAUGGCAGGGCAUCUUUGUGGUGUAGCAGCAUUAAUUUUAAAAGAUUUUCCUAAAGCUCCAUACAUCCACUGCUAUUCCCAUCAACUUAAUCUGUGUGUUGCCAAAGCAUGUGCAAUUCCUUCAAUUCGAGAUAUGAUGUUAGGAUUGUCUCUGAUUUUUUUAAUAAUUCUCCAAAGAGGUUAGAAGAUCUAUCUACAAAUCCAUCAGUAUCAGAU